AUUCCACGUUGCAUUACUUGUGCAUGGAAGAGCUCGGUCGUGUUUUUGCUUUUAUUGAUAGUAGAAAAUCUCAGAUCUAUCAUCUAAGGAACUUAUCGUAUUCUGCGGUAGGUAAGAAAUAGGAAGUAGGAGUAAAGUAAUUUUGGGGCAAGGUGGAGCUCGAGAAUGCUUGAAAUUUAAUUGAAUAAUUGAUUGCCAUUUUCAAUAACAUUGGAUUUCUGCUUAGUCUUCUGCUUCUUUUUCUGCUUUCUCCGCUUGUGCUUGAACAGCUCACUAAAGAUGGCCCCAAGAAAACCACUACUUCUUCUUUUCGAUGUGGAUGGAACCUUAACCAAAGCACGACAGGAGAUCACGCCGGACAUGACCGAGUUCCUCAGCUCUCUGCGCGAGCACGCCUGUGUCGGCGUGGUGGGCGGCUCGGACCUGCCCAAAAUCUGCCAACAGCUGGCAGGGGGCGACGAAAAGGCCGUGCACUCCAUGUGCGAGUACGUGUUCGCAGAGAACGGCCUGGUCGCAUUCAAAGGCGGCGAGCUGAUACAUAAGGCUGACCUAGUCGGGAAGCUGGGUGAUGAGUUCCUCCAGCGCUUCAUCAACUUCACACUGGGCUACCUCAGCAAGGUGCAGCUGCCACUGAAGAGAGGCAACUUCAUUGAGUUCAGGAACGGUAUGAUCAACAUUUCGCCAAUCGGCCGCAGCUGCAGCCAGGCCGAACGGGACGCGUUUGUAGUGUACGACACGGAGCACGGUGUGAGGUCUGCUUUAGUGGCCGCGCUAAACUCCGAGUUCAGAGACGCCAACCUUAGUGUCUGCAUCGGUGGCCAGAUAAGUGUCGAUGUCUUUCCGCGGGGGUGGGAUAAGACGUACUCACUACAGUUCGUCGAAAAAGAGGGUUUCGAAGCGAUCCACUUUUUCGGCGACAAGACGAGCCCAGGAGGGAACGAUCACGCCAUCUACGAGGAUCCCAGAACAGUGGGCCAUUCUGUGACCGAUCCCAGCGACGCCAGGCGGCAGGUGGAGGAACUACUGAAACUGCGCUGACGGCGCCCCUGGCGGCCGGUGGCGGAACUGCUGAAGGCGUCCCGUCCACUGCGCCCGUCCAGUUAGACCCGUUAUUCUCGCUCAAAGUGGGCUAUGUGGCGAGGUGUGCUACCUCGCCGUGGCCAUGCCUUUGCGAUGACUGUGUUGGGACGUAAACCGGGUGGGAACACUAGUGGCAUCUGGCGGAGAGCGCCCGAACUGCUCAUAUGACCCUAUUCUGAGUGUUGGUAUGAGUAGAACGGUCACUUGUUCUUGUUGCCCUCAGCAUUCCCUAGACUAUGCCACUGUCAUGUGGUUAUUUGUUUCAUAUGGACCUUGUUAUGAAUUUAGUUGUAGCUCAUUGUGAGUUUUAUAUAGAAAUUGUUGAUCUUUUCAUCUAUUUUGAAAGCAUCACGUGCAUUGUGGUGUAUAUUUUAUAUGCUUUUUGUUUUGGAAUUAUAUCACAAAUAAAUGGC